CCCACAGUUCAGCCAUAGAGGAGACCAUGUACAAAUGCAGUUAAUAUCUCAAUCGACAAUUUUCUGUUAGGUUACUACGAGAGAUAAUUGAGUGCGCGCGUUUACCGAAGAGCGUAUACGGAGAAGAGACCUAGGAGUCAAGAAACAGAAGAGGAAAGUAUCGAGAUAAAGUAGACGUGUAAAAUGUCUCAUUAAUCGCGGAAUUCAUUCGAAACCAGCGUGGCACUCGACUCAACUGAUACAGUAUCUGAGGGAGCAGACUGAGAGGACCACACCCAGUGAACAGACACCACACGAACCAAACAGACUUCCGGGAUAACUGCUGACUAGAGUAUGGAGCCGGCACAAUCAGAGAUGAGCAUCUUGGGAUGCUCGACCAAUGGGAAAAGUCACAACCUAGGAGAUGACAAGUAUGUGCCUAUGAAGACCAUGCCAGAGGAAUUAGACACAAAUGGUACUCAAAAUGCCAGGUUUGAUGAUCCCGAUGGCAUCCUGGAGAGUGAGGAGUUUCUGCCCAACGGAGAUGGGACGAAGCCCAUGCGCUUCACAGACUUUGAGGGAAAGACGUCUUUCGGCAUGUCUGUGUUCAACCUGGGGAAUGCUAUCAUGGGCAGUGGAAUCCUGGGACUGGCUUAUGCCAUGGCCAACACUGGCAUACUCCUCUUCCUGUUUCUUCUGACUGUUGUGGCGGUCCUCUCCUGCUAUUCCAUUCACCUGUUGCUCAAAUCCUCUGGCAUUGUGGGAAUCCGAGCCUAUGAACAGCUUGGCUACAGGGCCUUUGGCACCCCAGGCAAGAUGGCCGCUGGCAUCGCCAUCACACUGCAGAACAUCGGAGCCAUGUCCAGCUACCUGUACAUCGUCAAGUCUGAGUUCCCAUUGGUCAUCCAGGCCUUCAGUAGGGCGGACCCCACCGCUGAUUUGUGGUACUUGAAUGGGAACUACUUGGUGGUCAUGGUCUCUAUUGGCGUUAUCCUACCAUUGGCCCUGAUGAAGCAGCUCGGCUACCUGGGCUACACCAGUGGUUUCUCCCUUAGCUGCAUGGUCUUCUUCCUCAGUGCGGUGAUCUAUAAGAAGUUUCAGAUCCCCUGUCCAUUCGAGGAGUUCUCGGCAACCAAUCACACAGUGUCUCACCUCGACAUUCACCUAAACAUCACUGACAACCAUGCUACCCAUGAUAAUGGUCUGGUACAUGAGAUGGAUGACUCCCACUGCGGCGCCCGUAUGUUCACCAUGAACUCUCAGACCGCGUACACCAUCCCCAUCCUGGCCUUUGCCUUUGUGUGUCAUCCUGAGGUUCUGCCUAUCUACACUGAGCUCCGCAACCCUACUCAGAGGAGGAUGCAGCACGUUUCCAACCUCUCGAUCCUGGUGAUGUACACCAUGUACUUCCUGGCUGCUCUCUUCGGCUACCUGACCUUUUACGGUAAAACUGAGACAGAGCUGCUGCACACAUACAGCAGGAUCGACCCUUAUGACACGCUGAUCCUGUGCGUGCGAUUGGCUGUCCUCACCGCUGUCACACUGACCGUCCCCAUUGUGCUCUUCCCUGUGCGGAGGGCUCUGAAUCAGAUGUUCUUCGCCAGUAAGUCAUUUAACUGGCUUCGUCAUGUGGCCAUUGCCGUCACUCUACUCUCCUUCAUCAACAUGUUGGUCAUCUUCGCCCCCAACAUCCUGGGAAUCUUCGGCGUUAUCGGUGCCACAUCUGCCCCCUGUCUGAUCUUCAUCUUCCCUGCUAUCUUCUACAUCCGCAUUGUGCCUAAGGAGCAGGAACCCAUGCACUCCAUCCCCAAGAUACUGGCCGCCUGUUUUGCUGGUCUGGGGGUCGCCUUCAUGAUCAUGAGUUUGAGCUUCAUCAUUAUUGAUUGGACAACGGGGAGCAGCAACUCUGGCGGUGGCCACUAGAGACCGCCCUCUGCACUGUGCAGGCCGGGGUCGGCAAGGGGCUGGCAGGGGCUUUGAGGGGAUACCUAGGAGUGUGUGUGUUUUUUUAGAACUGUUUCAUGUAAUUGAUGCACUAUCCCCUCUGUGGUAGAGCAAGGGUUAGAGGUUAAGGGACAAAGAUGAUUGGAGUAGGGAGGGAGAGACAGAAUCAACUUGCUGGGCAAAACCAUACUGAGCAUUUCAGUCUUCUUGAGACUAAAGACUCCGACAAAACAGUCUGUACUACAGUAACGCAGUAUGUAGCCCUGCACAGAGGAGUGCUUUUAUAUGAAUCAUCAACACUAGACGUGGUCUUUUUUUAAAUCAUGAUAAUGUGUAUUAUUUAUGAGUGGGGAUAGUGCAUCCUAGUCAAUCCAUAAUGGAAAAUCCUGAAGAAACUCAUGAUGGCUUCCCUUCCUUUCCCCCCUCCCUUCAUCCAUCCUCCCAUCCUUAUUUAUCUCUUUUCCAUCCGCCUGUUUCUUCCCCUCCGACGCCUUAAUUCAUGUCAACUGCAGCUAGUAUUGUGCAGAAGAAGCACAGAUGGAGAUAAGGUUGAAUUGCUAUGUAAAGGAAGGAAAGGAAAGCACAUGUUCUAUACAUUACAUGUCAUUUGGCAUCUUUGUAUGAGAAAACCUGACAUUUUGUCAAUAGAAGAAAUAGCUACAUCUAUAGAUUAGGUGAGUACUGUAAAACAAAGAGUCUGUGGCUGUCUUUGUAUCCUGUCUAUCACUUUGUGCCAGUAGCACUCAACUACAGUUUAUUUUCCCAUGUUUUCUCACAAGAGUGCAUUUAGCCUGAGCUGUUGUAUGUGCCAAAGAGAAGGUUGAAUGUGGUUUGUGGUUGUUGGGCUCAGGGCAGGCUGAUGUCCCAUGAUGCAUUAUGGUGUUUAACUCUCGCUGUAUCCCUGGUACAUACAGUACACUCAGAUAAUGGAUAAUGGAGGCGUGGCGUUCAACCAACCACACACAUAGCCUUUUCGUUGAAACAGUAAUGUAUAUUUAUUUAACUAGCUAUAUCCAUGUUUUUUUUUAAAUUUCACAAGUGAGCUAAUGGACCUCAGAGCAAAGUAUUUAACUAUAUGAUCAGGUAUCUUGAUAGACCUUAUAGAUGGUAUGCACAGUCUAUAUUCGAUGAUUUUGCAUAUUGGAGGGUUUAGGUGACAGUUGAAUGUGUAGGAGGUGAGCGAUAGGGCACUGAGCUGAUGAAGAAAAAAAAACAUAUAGAGCCUUUUACAUUCAUGUUAGUUAGAUGAUCAACUGACAUCCUCGAUACAGAAUUGACUGAUUUUAUGAUCAAUUGUGUUUUAAUUUAAGAUCAUCAACUUAAACUUGCCUUUUUAACACUAAUAGCACAUAUUUCACUCAUACUUAUAUUUCUACAAUUAAUUUGUAAACCCUUGUUUAAAUUCAGUACAGUUCAAGUGAACCCUUUCAGUUACUACGAAUGGUUAAGCUUACUGUUUUUGGCAUGACAAAAUAUGGAAGAAACGUGUUUUAGUUAUGUGUUAGUUGUGACAUACGGUCCGUCCAUGUUGUUGAACUACUCUAUAUUGUAUUUUAAUAUCUCUUUUCCACUUGUUUUGUGAUUGAUAUUGUGGUUGACGUUUUAGUGAAGGAAAGCUGAUGUGUCACCUGUCCAGUCUGUCUGGUGAUUGGCUGAUUUAAUUCAUUAAUUUACCGUAACUACUGUGAUAUUCAAUCCAUAAUACGUUGAUGUUUGGGCUCUAUUUCCAAAACGUAUCUGGUCUCUAACAGUGAGCUCUUGUGAUCAAGUACAGUUUGACAAUUAAGUGAAUUGUGAUUGUUCGAUUUAGUUUGAUUCGAUAGCCCAAUGCCCCUUCUUAAGGCUUCUCAAUUGUGUAGUGCAACAUUCAACACUGUGACAUCGUAUCUCUCAAAAAACAUAAAUAGCAUUGUAAUAACAUUGUUACCAAUAUAUCCUGGCAAGUCCUACGUAAUGUAUGUAAGACAAUUGUUCCUUAUUUUAUUCUAAAACACUGCAGCUGGUGUUGCUUUCUCUUGUGUACAUUAAUUGAUUUUUAAUUUGUAAUCAAUAGAAUGUUAUUGAGCUGUUUCUUUUACUCAUCAACAGCUAAAAGGAUAUUGCAUGUAUCUGACUCAACCCUAUAUUUCUCCUGGUCUUGCUGAGGCAGUGGUUGUGGUAAAAAUGAAUGCCUGGUCAAGACCAGUCAAGGAGGCAACAGCUUGCCAUAGACUGGGAUUAGGCCUCUUCUGUCUGGGAUUGUGUCUACAUAUCUAGCUACUACCUAACUGUUUCUCUCUGAGAGGCCUUGCUCUUCAACUUUAGAGCUUUGCUACCCCUAUUAUAAUGUCAGAGGCAACAUUCUCAACAUUUUGCCUCUUUCUCUUAUACCCAAACUAUGCCAGCCAGUUAACCUGUUGUUGUAGCUCUUGUUUUACCUUUGCAAUUUAUUUCUAAGGAAAUUAAAGGACUGUGAGUGAAUAACAAGUUAUAUAUGAAUUUUGGGCUUAUAAAGCGGCUUAUAUAAAUAAUGUAUAUAAAUGUAAACCCUUUAUAUUCUUGAUGCAUAUCUAGCUUGUAUAGUGUAAAUAGCUGGGACAGUUUUAGUCUGACAAUUAAAAAACAAUUGUAGAAGUUUUUA